UGGUGAACUGCACAGACCCUGGCAUCCCGGCUAACUCCAUCAGGGAGAGUAAGAUAGAGCACGGUAACUUCACCCUGGGCAGUGUGGUGUUCUACACCUGUAACCCUGGAUACUACCUGUUCGGUUCCUCCGCACUGACCUGUCAACCUAUUGGCCACUGGGACAAACCUCUACCUGAAUGUCUUGCGGUGCACUGUGGUAACCCGGGGACACCUGCUCACGGCCGUAUUUUCCGGGUCGACGGUACGACCUUCACCCACUCUGUAGUCUACUCCUGUAUGGAUGGAUACCUCCUCUCAGGCACGCCCACCAGACACUGUCUGGCCAACGGCACCUGGUCUGGCACCGCUUCUAACUGCACCAUGAUCAGCUGCGUUGACCCAGGUGUUCCUGCUGAUGGUCUGAGGUUUGGAGAGGACUUCACUGUGGGCCACAACGUCACCUUCACGUGCCAGCCUGGCUACCUGAUAGAGGCAGGCGGGGCCACAACUCGCACCUGUACCCACAAUGGCACCUGGAGCGCCACCACGCCCAUCUGCAAAGUGGUGACCUGCCCUCCCCCUCCUCCCAUCCACAACGGGCUCCUGGAGGGCUCCGUGUUUGAGUGGGGUACCAGCGUGAGCUACAGCUGCCUGCCUGGGUACGAGCUCUCCUUCCCAGCUAUCCUCACCUGUGUGGGCCUGGGCUCCUGGAGAGGAGAUCUGCCUCAGUGUCUGCCCAAGUUCUGUGGAGACCCUGGUACCCCAGCCAAGGGGAAAAGAGAAGGACGAAGUUUAAUCUACAAGUCAGAGGUUACCUUCAGCUGUAGCGCCCCCUAUGUCCUGGUGGGGUCGACUACACGCAUCUGUCAGGACGACAGCACCUGGAGCGGCUCUCAGCCACGAUGCAUAGAACCAUCCAGGACGACGUGUGAGAACCCAGGAACACCUGAAUACGGCUCCAUAAACAUCAGCCUGGGGUUCAAGGUGGGCAGUAAGGUGGAGUUCCAGUGCCAGCAGGGCCACCUACUCCAGGGUUCCACCACCCGACUCUGCCUGUCUGACCUCACCUGGAGCGGAUCUCAACCAACAUGCAUCCCCCAUUCGUGUAAGCAGCCCAAGUCCCCUCCCAAUGCAGACGUGGUUGGGAUGGAGCUGGCUCCGUAUGGCUACACCCUGCUCUACUCCUGCCAGCCUGGCUUCAUCCUGUCUGGGGGGUCAGAACACAGGGUCUGCAGGUCUGAUGGAAGCUGGACCGGUAAGGUCCCCAUCUGCAGAGUGGGCUCCAAACAGACGGAGAAACCUACCGUAACCUUACAUGGAACGCCAAGCCCCAACAUACACGUCCCCGAUGACGUCUUCGCCCCUCAUUUCAUCUGGAGAGGCUCCUAUGAUUAUAAGAGUCAGAAACAUCCGAUGUCUUUGACCGUCACUCGUUUUAAUAGCAGCACGGGAAUAGUGAACGCCACGCUAAACGACAGCAACGUGGAAUUCCUGCUUUCUGGAGUGUAUAAGAAUCGCGAGGCCAGGUUAAUGCUCCUGCUGUACCACAUGAAAGCCCUGGCCCACAGCACGUAUAGCCGGGUUACCGAGGAGACCUGGGCUAUGGAUGGUUUUGUCUCAGCUGAACCUGACGGGGGCAGUUAUGUAUUCCAAGGCUUCAUACAGGGGAAAGACUAUGGACAGUUCGGGCUGCAGAGACUAGGUAUGAAGGUGAGAGAGAUCAACAUCACCACUGCAGGUCCUCCUCAUGUCUCCAACAGCAGCUCUAUGGUCAUAGCCAUCCUGGUACCUUUCUUUGGCCUCGUGUUGGCAGGCCUGGGAUUCUAUCUCUACAAACAACGGAGAACGGAUCAGACCCAGUACACCGGCUGUUCAGUCCACGAGAACAACAACGGCCAGGCGACAUAUGAGAACCCCAUGUACGACACCAACACCAAGUCUGCGGAGGGGAAAGUGGUUCGCUUCGACCCCAACCUCAACACCGUAUGCACUGUGGUUUGAAGAUGUGUGUGUGUGUGCCAAACGCACCGGGGUUUGACGAUGCUUUUGCCGAACAGGAAAAGCUUGUUCAGAAAUGCAGCACUGGUUUGAUGCAACACUGUACUGUGGUUUAUUGAUGCUGUCUGACGAACGUAAUUUGCCCGAGAGUUCUUUUGGUUUAAAAAAAAAAAAAAAUGGAUGUCUUGUCUUUUAUAAUAUCUCUCUGCAACGAGUUUCUGAAGACGGCACAGCGCAGCCUCGGGAAACAGGAAGGCAAAAGCACACCUUCAGGAACAACAGUUGUGUGUGUUGUGGAUGAUGGACGGGGUGAGUCAGCAAGCAGAAUGAGACGGUCCUCUUUUUAAAAUACAUCUUCACCUGAUGGGUGAAGUUAUUCCUAACUGCACUCUGAGAGUGAUGCUAUGUGAAUAAUGCUGUUCCCGACAUGUUGGUACACAAGAGUCGUUUACUCUCCAGUCAACGCAAACAAUGGAGCGUCGUCAAGGCAACAGUCAACGCAAACAAUGGAGCGUCGUCAAGGCAACAGUCAACGCAAACAAUGGAGCGUCGUCAAGGCAACAGUCAACGCAAACAAUGGAGCGUCGUUAAGGCAACAGUCAACGCAAACAAUGGAGCGUCGUCAAGGCAACAGUCAACGCAAACAAUGGAGCGUCGUCAAGGCAACAGUCAACGCAAACAAUGGAGCGUCGUCAAGGCAACAGUCAACGCAAACAAUGGAGCGUCGUUAAGGCAACAGUCAACGCAAACAAUGGAGCGUCGUCAAGGCAACCAAAUGGAACCCUAGUCUUUCCGGAUGGAAGUUAUCAGACCUGGGUUCAAAUACUAUUCAAAUUACUUUAGCCUUUUGCUCUAGUCUGCCCCAGAGGGGUGGAGGGGGUUGGUCAUUUUGCGAUUAUUCUAUUUGGUUCAAUUGCGACAAAUAAGCUCAAUAAAUCCCAAAUACUGUCAAAUAUUUUAAAUGAUAUCGAUCGAUUGAUUUGAUGUUACAGGACAUAUUUAAAAUACAUAUAGAGUUGACUCAUUCGUCUGAUCACAAGAAUACAACACAAAUGUAUCAAAUCUUAC